UCUUCCGGUUCCAACCGGAAAUGGAGGAUGUCUGUGUGCGGACGCCAUCGACGUUAGGGUAAAAUGCACUGAAAUUAAACAUUUACUUUAUUUUAAUGAAGUGAAUCAGAACUUUACUAUCGUUCCCAUCACAGCUAAUCGUGCCGGAGACAGACACGUGGUGAUGGAGGCUGUUCCUCUGAAAACCCUAGUCAAACAAGUCAACAUUAGCUGUUAGCAGUUUGUAUAGUUUUAGUAUCGUACAGUAAAUCUCUUGGAGUUCGGUUAUUUCACCGGUGUGAUGAGCUGCAGGCUGCGGGGCUAUGUUGCUCUUUCUGUAGCCAGAGACCACUCAGACGUUGCCUUGACCACCUCGUAAUGUCUGAAGACUCCAGCAGCGAUGAGGAAUGGCAUAGAUCUACAAAAAGGCAGGCAGAUGCACACGCUGGGUUAAAUGUUGGGAAUGUGACACAAUAAAACUUGAUGUCGCAAUUCAUAAACCAGGAUAUAAUGCGCAUUUGCAACACCUGACUUGACUCUCCACCCGUCUGCAAAAAAAGUGGCAUCAGUCUUUCAGUAAUGUGUGGAAAUUGAAUGAUCAUGCAGAGAUACAUUGCAGCAAAUCAACGCAAUGUAAAGAAGUUCCUACUUUGAUUCCUGCAGUCGUAUGUCAGAUUCCCAACACUGACAUCUUUUCUAAUGUGGUGACUCUUUAGCAAAGCACAGAGUCCGGCUCACCUGACUCAGUGUCAGAGUUGAGGCUUCAACAAAGAACUGAGAUGAAGCCUAAGACACUGGAGACACCUGACAACAGCGUGGAGUAUAUUGUGGUUGAAGAUGAUACAGACAUGGAAAGUGACAGUGAAGAGGAGGAGGAUUCUUCAAGUUCUGAAUCUGAUGAUGAAGAUGAGCUCUCCAAACAUAGUAACUUGUGUCCCAAUGAUCCAGAUUUGGACGAUGACUCAAGUUCAACUGAUUGUUCCAGUGACUCUUCAAAUAGUCUUCACUCAAAAGAAACUGCAGCACCCCCCCCUAGUGUUAAUAGUUCAAUAUGUGCUGCGUGUGGUAGGGGGCCCUUUAGGUCGAUGAAGCUCCAUUUGCUGCACUGUAGUGGUAUUAAGGUGAAAUAUGAGUGUUCACUGUGCAAGAAGCUCUUUCUAACGGAGGGUGCUCGUGAUACACACUACAUGCCAUUGUAUUCAUGUCACAUCUGUGAUCAAGUUUUUUCUCACGAGAGCUUGUACCAUCACCACCAGUGUCCAAAGAAAAGCAAGCCACCUUUGGUCUUCUUUUGUUCAGAGACAAUGCCUAAAGCAUGCAACAUAUGCAAAUCCUUUUUCACUUCAGAGAAAACUUUGUUAAACCACAUCAACAAAGUUCACACAUCAGUGGUCAGCACUAAAAUAUGCAUUAUUACCGAUCCAUCAGCCUUGACCAAUAAAAAGGUUUCACAAUCUCUCUGUGGCACAGCUGCCCAGUCAGCCAUCACUACAAAUGAAGUCAACCAGGUCAGUAAUGGAAAGCUCCACAUCGGCCUACCCUCUGCGGGGUCACACUCCACUUUUGCAAAAACUAGCCAUUCCUCUUUCUCAACCACACGCAGACUUCCUUCCCAGUUAUUCAUGGCGUCUGCUGCUUCACCUGUCAGACUAGAGAAAGAAAAUGCCCUAGGUGAGCCAACCAACAGGCCUCCAACUUGCCUUUCUGCACAGACUAAGAAAACUCCAGCCACUGCAACCUCUGACCCCGAAUCCCCACCAGCACCCACUAUUUUGGCCAUGUUUGAGAAUGACAGCCAAGAUGUGGCUUUGAUGAAACGCAUGAACACAAGCUGGCGCUCCAAGGUCCCUUAUUCCUGCAGGCAGUGUGGGGCCAUCUUGAGGCAGCCCUCCUUCAUCAUCAGCCAUCGCUACCUCCACAGAGGCCACCGCUCUCAUCGGUGCCGGUGUGGACGAGCUUUUAAGCACCGGCUGCAUCUCCUGCGACAUUGUGUUGAGCAUGCUGAGGCCAUGAGCUACAUCUGCAUCAGUUGUGGGGAGACUUUCAUUGGAGCAAGACUCUUAGCUGAGCACAUGAAAGGCAAACCACAGAAAAGGUCCAAUCAUUCUGGACAUAUGUGGAAACAGAAAGUUAAAAGAAAGUGCAGAAUGGCCUUUACAUGUGAGUGUGGACAACUGUUUUUAAGGCCCUCUGCUUACAUAUGGCAUCAACUUCAAAACUGGAGCUGACAAAACAUCAACAUGUAAUCAGUUUUUCAGAUCCUUCUUCAACUUUGCGCACCACGCUUUGUAAAAGAAAGUGUUACAAUAAAAUUGACAUUUUGUACGUCA